UCAUGGUUUGCGUCUGCACUAACUGACACUAUAACAGUGAUCUGGGCACACUGACUGUAACAACAAAUCAGCCUGCGUGGACAAACAUAAUAUUGACUAAAAAUGAAUGAGUCCGAGAUUCCGAUCGACAUUCACACCCUGAAGCUGCAGGAUUGGCUUAUCAGCCGAAGAAUCGUGCCAAAGAAUGUACAGCUGGAGGUUCGGGAAAUCCACAAGAAGAUCAGCAGCGCGCUGCAGGACAUGCCCUCCAAUGACCAGCUGAUCAAGCUGUUAGCCAGGACGAAUAUCAACUACUACCACGUCAAGGAGAUCAUUGAGAUCUUGAAGCAGACGGAAAAGGACACGAAAAGCGUAUUCGGCACCUACGGCAGCCAGCGCAUGAAGGACUGGCAGGAGAUCAGCCGGCUGUACGAGAAGAACGCCACUUACCUGGCCGAAACGGCUCAGAUCUUCGUGCGGAAUGUGAACUACGAGAUUCCCGGGGUGCGCAAGCAAAUGGCCAAGCUGGAGCAGCAGACCGACGAGAGCCAGAAGCGAGCCCACGACAUGAACAAGCCGGAAAGCCAGCUCCUGGCCGAGCACGCUGCCCUGCUGGAACAGUUGGGCGUCAAGGGGGACAACCUGCACGCGGAGUUCGUGGAGGUACUGGCGGGUUUGCCGGAGCUGUACACCAAGUCCCUGAUCGACAUCUCAAAGAUCCAGCCAGGCAUCGAUCUGUACGCCGAGGUCAGUGGCCACAAGCAGGCGCUGCCCAUCCUCAGCCACUUGGUCGAGUUUGGCAACACCACCGUUUACCAAUACAUCCACAAGGAAGCGCCCCUGGCCGUCGAGGAGCCGCCCAUCCGACUGAACCUCAGCGAGGACAUUGCCAGCAAGGAUGACAAUGCUGCCACUGAGAUCGACUUCGGAACGGACGACAAUGGCGGAACCUCCUCGACCGUUUCUGCGGAGAUUAUCGACUACGGAGACUUUGGCAGUGGGGACUUGCAGGAAAACGACGGCGGCAACAUCGACUGGGGCAUCGAGAGCGCUCCAACCGAUGCGGUGGAAAUCAACUUUGACAUUCCCGUGGAGGAGUAUGGAAUCGUGGUGGAGGGCACUGGCAUGGACGGUGGCACUGCCAAGGGCGAUCAGGCCUACACUUUGCUGGACUCGCCGAGCUAUCGCGACCGAUUCCUGGAUGAAAUCUUUGAACUGGAGUCAUUCCUGCGCCUGCGACUCUAUGAGCUCAAGCAGUUGGAGACUUCCAGCGACAUCAUGUUCUCCCUCAUGGACAACAUUGCUACCCACGACGCGGAGAGCAUCAGGAAGAUUCUCAGCUCCGUGGAGAAAAUUAUUCAGCAGACCUCCGAUGAGCAGACGCGGCAUCUCUUCCAGCUGAAGCACUCACCCAAAUAUGCCAAUCUGCUGGCCGCCAAGCUGCAGCAAAUGACCAAGGCCGUGGAGAAGUUGAGGUCCACACGGGAGGCUCUAAAGAAGAGGGCCAUCGAGCUGCGGGAAGAGCGGCAGCAGCUAAAUCCCGUCCUGGAGGAAUUGAUUGCCCAGACUCGCACUCUGCAGUCGCACAUCGAGAAGGAUAUUUCCAAGCGGUACAAGAAUCGGGUGGUUAAUUUAAUGGGAGGCGUUAACUAAUGUAAUGUGUUAAGUGUUUGUUAAAUAAUGUUUAUUAAUAAACUGAUAACUGGGCAGGACAAA